GCGACCUCCAACCAGGCGGCACAGUUCAUUGAUUGGCUUGACUGAUUGAUUGACUGAUGGGUUGUGCUUGACUGAUUGAUUGGUUGAUUGAUUGGUUGAUUGGUUGAGUGACUGAUUGGUUGAUUGGUUGAUUGACUGACUGAUUGAUUGACUGAUGGGUUGUGGUUGACUGAUUGAUUGGUUGAUUGAUUGGUUGAUUGAUUGGUUGAUUGGUUGAGUGACUGAAUGGUUGAUUGGUUGAUUGACUGACUGAUUGAUCGAUUGAUUGAUUGGCUGACUGAUUGAUUGAUCGAUUGAUUGACUGAUUGUGGGCGCGCCAGGGCCAGGGCAGACAUAAUGGCGGGGGCAAACAGUUCUUCGUCAUAUUUCCAGAAGAUUAAGGUCGAUAACCCCAUCGUGGAGAUGGACGGCGACGAGAUGACCCGGAUUAUCUGGAAGAUGAUUAAGGAGAAGCUUAUUUAUCCUUUCCUGGAUCUUCCCAUCAAGUACUUCGACCUUGGCCUGGCUCAUCGCGACAAGACGGACGACAAAGUGACCAUUGAGAGCGCCGAAGCGACGCUCAAGUAUAACGUUGCCGUCAAGUGCGCCACCAUCACGCCCGACGAAAGCCGCGUCAAGGAAUACGGUCUGAAAAAGAUGUGGACCAGUCCCAACGGGACCAUCCGGAACAUUCUCAAUGGGACCAUCUUCCGGGAGCCCAUCAUUUGCAAGAACAUUCCUCGGGUCAUCCCUGGUUGGGAAAAGCCCAUUGCUAUAGGCAGGCAUGCUUUCGGCGACCAGUACCGGGCCGUGGACUCGGUCUUCCCCGAACCAGGUCAACUCAAAUUAAUGUUCGUACCUACGGACAAGUCCAAGCCGGCGGUGGAUUUCAAAGUGUACGAGUUUAAGGAUGGCGGCGGGGUUGGGCUGGCCAUGUACAACACAGACGAAUCCAUUCGCGCUUUCGCGCAGUCGUCGUUCGCAUAUGCCUACGAGAAGAAAUGGCCUCUGUAUCUGAGCACCAAGAACACCAUCCUGAAGAAGUAUGACGGCAGGUUCGAAGACAUAUUCCAGCAGGUGUACGAGAGGAAUUGGAAGGACAAGUUCCUCCAGGCGGGGAUCAGUUACGAGCAUAGGUUGAUUGAUGACAUGGUGGCGCAGACCUUGAAGAGCAAGGGGGGGUACGUGUGGGCUUGUAAGAACUACGAUGGGGACGUGCAGUCGGACAUGCUGGCGCAGGGGUACGGGUCGCUAGGAAUGAUGACUAGCGUGCUGGUGUGUCCCGAUGGGAAAACCAUAGAGGCGGAAGCGGCCCAUGGGACGAUAACAAGGCACUACAGGGCCCACCAGAAGGGAGAGGAGACCAGUAGCAACAGUGUGGCCUCAAUCUUUGCGUGGACGAGGGGUCUGGCACAAAGGGCCAAGCUGGAUGGGAACCGACGGCUGGCGGACUUCUGCUCUGUGUUGGAGAAGGCAUGCAUAGACACCGUCGAAGCAGGCAAAGUCACCAAAGAUCUGGCCUUGCUAAUCCAUGGUGGCAAGGUCGCCAAGAAGGACUACUUGAAUACAGAGGGGUUCAUCGAUGCCAUUGCAGAAGCUCUACGGGCCAGCCUCAACAUUGGCUGAACUUUUCUCGCCUAAGAGCCUAGCUUUUCUUCUGCCUUCUACGGUUCUACCGUCUACGCUUGUAUGCCCCCCUUGUUCCUGUGGCCCUCCUGCAGUGCGAGAGAGCAAGCAUUAGCCGCUCCCUGUGUUCCUGUUAGUUAUUGUGUGUCCUUACAUAUCACAUAACGAAGUGUCCACUGGGACAGGGCACGGUCUGGAGAGGGGGUCUAAACUCCACAUCAGGCUGACUACUCCUCCUUCCCUCCCUCCCUCCCUCCCUCCCUCCCUCCCUUUGUGUCUCCACACCUCCCCUUUGAGUCCCUUGGCCGACCUAAGGCCACCUGCGCCAGGGGCAAACACCAGCUUGACAUCCCUGUUGGGUAGCGCCUGCCUCAGCGUCCUGACGGAGGUUGAUUCCAGCGAACCAAUGCCCAACACCAUCACAUUGAUUCCGAUCCAUCCAUUGACCCCUCCCUUCACCCUCAACUCACUGCCCAACCACCCUCGCUCCCUUCCCUUCACUUUCCCUGUGGUCGAACACCCACCCAGGCCCUCAAUGAGCAUCUAUUGUCCCUCCCCCUCUUCUGCAGUGCAGGCAAUGCCCCCAAGGAGACGAGGAGGAACCAGCGACGAACAAGCAAAGACAGGAACUCCGCAACAUACAGAAGCAACAGCGAGACGGAGGUAAUGGACCUGCUAGGAAAUCAGGCUUUAUCAGGCGGCCAGAGUAAAGGCUGAAGAUGCAG